ACAGCAGGGAGAAUAACUACAUACCGUCAUCCUAUCUAAUUUGCACGCUAAGAUUUCAAAAGUGCUGUCGGGUCUGACUGGGGAUCUAACAUUGGCAACUGGAUGGCUAGAAACUGCUCGGACCGCUGCAAGGAAUUCCAUAGCGUUAUGCCGCUUUGUUUACCACCCUCACCAACAAACACGCUAUCGCUUUUAUGGACGCACCCGCUUCACGUAAUUAAGUAUUAUGCAAGCAUAAUAUUGGGCAUCGAAGCCGUAUAUGGCAAUGGGUUUGAAGCCGAAGAACUGGCAUUUGCCGGUGUGCAAAGCGAUCCUGAAUCAGGUUACCGUGCUAUCCACGGCACCCGUCCUUAUUCAUUAGCGUAUGGCCUAGUGAUAGCCCUGUAGGUCUCUUGGGUAUGUUAAAAUCUGUAUUAUACUACCGCUGUUGGUUAAUGUUGUAAAACUGCAUAUUCUAACUUGUCACCCCUAACUCAUUUUGCUAACAUAGCAUGGAUGCUUGAAAAGUUCAUAAUUGGACUGAUCAUGGCGGUAUAC